AUGACGGGCACGAUGAAAGAAUGGUAUCACAAUCUUGGAGCUUUCAAACAAGAUGAGUUACAUCGUCUAGAAACUACAGCUAGUGUUCUUGGGGUUCUUCACCGAGAAUUUAUCGGUGAUAUGGAAAUAUUUGAUAGGAAAAACAUACAAGAAUUCUUUGAGAUGAAGUGUUAUUCUCUCAAAACCAAAGACCUCGACAAACACUACCAUAGGAUGGCACAUAGGUAUUAUGUCCUUAAUGGGUACAAUGACCCUAGUCUCAAGAAUACCUAUGUAUCAUCUCUACCACAAGAACUUCAACCAAAAAUUCAUAGAAUGUUAGCCACAGCUCAAAAGGAUAUUAAAACCAUGAGUCUUGGCCAGAUUCACCAGGUGACAUUAGAAGCACUUGAAAAGCUCUGCAAUUUUCAUCAUCAAUUUUCUGAAGUUAUAGAACAGAAGUCAAAGUUCACCCAAGCAUGUAAGAAACCCUACCUGGAGAUUAAGUGUAAAGACAAAAGGUGUAGCUGUCCAACAAAAAAGAAACAUAAAAAAUACACCAAAUAUCACAAGACCUUUAAGGGAAAGAAAAGAAAUAAUAUGAAGUUCUUUAGAAGAAAGCAUUUCAGAGGAAAGGGAAAAACCAGAGAUGCUUUAUUUGUAAAAAAAAAAGGCAUUUCUCAAAGAAUGCCCUAA